UCACGUGACCGCCAGGUUCACUGUCUCUGGACAAAAUGGAGUUGUCAGAUUCGGUAGUAAAGGGGCUUCAAACCCUCGCCGAUCCAGCUUACUUGGACCUAAAAGCCUUCACUAUCUUCACCGAAGCGGCCUUCUGUAGCCUGCUGUCGUUUCCGACCGGAAGUGUUUUCGAUUACCCAGAACUAAAGAACAUUGAUCAAGCUCUCCUGAAACACUGUCACAUUGCAGUGACAACAUUUAUACUGGAAGGAGUAAAACAGAAUUCAGACAGGUCAACGAUAUGUUCGUGCCUUGAAGAUCUCCGAUUUGACAGCGAGAGAGUGGAUGUGUUUUACGGACUCUAUCAGGUGAGAACCUCCUCCAAAGUGUGUUGUACGCUGAGUGAUUUUGUAAACAAACAUGUUCAUAAUAUAACUUUUUCAUUUUGUAUUUAGAAAAGCAAAACGAACCUGGAAACACUGUUGUCAAGCAUUGAUAAAUGCCCUCCUCACAUAACAGAUGUUUCUUGGCGCUUAGAUUACUGCAUAAAGAACAGUCAUGUGCAUAAGGUCAAUCAGCCAUCAUAUCUGAUUUCUUUCAACACUGAGAACGGUGAGAAUAGUAGCGGCCCUUCAGAACUAAACUUCAGCUGCACGUUGGAGCAACUUCAGGAUUUACUGGGGAAGAUGAAGGAUGCAGCAAAGAGUGUGGAGAGAGCAACCCAUUCCAUGACGAUGCAUCGCACAACAAGGAUCAAGAUCACAGAACUAAAUCCACAUUUAAUGUGUGUAUUAUGCGGUGGAUAUUUCAUCGAUGCAACCACAAUCAUAGAAUGCUUGCACUCGUUUUGUAAAAUGUGCAUUGUGCGCUACCUGGCGACCAGCAAAUACUGUCCCAUAUGUGAUGUCCAGGUCCACAAAACGAAGCCUCUUCUCAAUAUUAGGUCUGAUAAAACUCUGCAGGACAUUGUGUACAAGUUGGUCCCAGGUCUUUUCAAAAAUGAAAUGAAACGAAGAAGAGAUUUCUAUGCUGAGCACCCAUCAGUAGAUGCUGCAAACGGUUCGAAUGAGGAUCGUGGUGAAGUUGCUGAUGAGGAUAAGAGAAUCAUCACAGAUGAUGAGAUUAUCAGUCUGUCAAUUGAGUUCUUUGACCCCAAGGCCAAACAGCAAGGUAGUGAGGGGGAGAAACAGACGAAGGAUGAGGUAAACAACAAGAGGUACUUGCAGUGUCCUGCUGCCAUGACUGUAAUGCAUUUGAGGAAAUUUCUGAGAAGUAAGAUGGACAUACCAUGUACCUUCCAGAUUGAAGUGAUGUAUGAAGAUGAGCCUCUAAAGGACUACUAUACAUUAAUGGACAUUGCCUACAUUUACACGUGGAGAAGGAACGGGCCGCUACCCUUGAAAUAUCGAGUACGGCCCAAUUGUAAAAAGAUGAAGAUAACUCACACGCAGGACGGCUUAAGUAGUGCCAACCGCUCAGAAAGUGACUCUGCGAGUGAUCAGGCCAACAGCCCAGCUGGAGCCCCGUCUACAUCCUCACCACUACCGAGUCCAAGCACACCCGUCCAGUCCACUCAUCCUCAUUUUCCCCAUAUUUCCAACCCGGUCAACGGCUCCUCUAUGGGAAGCCCCAGUCGGCAGUUUACGUUCGGCAACAAAAUGCGAAAACCAUCUCUGAAUGGAUCCUCAACCUCUUCAGGGUGAUGGGGUUAAUCCUGCCUAAGCCAACUCCAGAUUACCCAGCUAUUUUCCAUGCCAAUGUCAUAUCAUUGUAGCCAUUUUAUUGUCAUUAUUCCUAUUACACAUGUAACUUUUAACAUAGUGGAAGUGGCACAUUUCAUCCAGUUGCUGGAGAAAAUUUUGGAACGACAGCCUCGUUGUGGCUCUAAGCUGUGGGAUUUGCAGAACAUCCAAAACAGUUCACAUAAUAGACUGAACCUACUUUUCUAUAUGUAUUUUUUACUUUUUUUUUUUCUCUUUCAAAACAAAUCCAGAGGUGUUGCUUGUAUUUUAAGUGUGUACUUUCUUUUAAACACUUUAAGGCUUUAGUUUGCCAUUCUUGGCUAGUUAGGCCUACUAAACAUUCCUGCUAUAUUCAGCUGGCAUUGACAUUGUAUCAAAGAAGAUUAUAUAUUCAAUUCAGUUUAAACGGAUUAGAGAAAUUUAAGUUGUAGUCAUCGUGCAUAUAUAAUUUUUACAGCAAUGUAAAGUCUAAAGCACCAUGGGACUAUCCCCCUCAACAUCAAGGUUAUAACCUAGGCCUGUGUAGAUAGGUUCACUUCAGUGUUCAUUUGUCAUUGUUUGAUUGUAUGAAUAACUAUUGUAUUGUGACUGUUGCACAGUAUAAAAAAAAUAAACAUUUUACACUUU